AUGCAUUUGUUAUCCCAGAACUCCUAUGGGGAAAUGGGAAAUGGAGACCUCAUCAAGGUGGAAGGAGGAGGGAAUCUUUGCCACACACAGACCUUGAAAACAGAGGAUUUGCUCCAAAAUUUCACACAGCUACUACUUCUACAAAAAUCUUGCCCAAGAGGCUGUGAAAACUUGGCCAAGAAAAGCAGGCACCAAUGUGUAAAAGAAGAGAAAGGACAUUUAAUUGAGAUCAAAGACUUAUUUCGCCCAAGUCUAGAUACCCAGGAAGAGCCUCAAUUAGUCAUAUUAGAGGGAGCUGCUGGGAUUGGGAAGUCAACGCUGGCCAGGCAGGUGAGGAGAGCAUGGGGGGAAGGCCAGCUCUACAGAGAUCGCUUCCAGCAUGUCUUCUACUUCAGCUGCAGAGAGCUGGCCCAGUGCAAGCAGCUGAGUCUGACUGAGCUCAUAGCAAAAGACCAGGCUAAGGAUCCCAUCAGAAAGAUCCUGUCUCACCCUGAGAAGCUGCUCUUCAUCCUGGAUGGCAUAGAUGAGCCAGCAUGGGUCCUGGAAGAGAAGAAUCCUGAGCUCUGUCUGCACUGGAGCCAGCCACAGCCAGUGCACAGACUGCUGGGCAGUUUGCUGGGGAAAUCUGUCCUUCCUGAGGCUUCAUUGCUGCUCACAGCUCGGACUACAUAUCCACAGAAGAUCAUUCCUUCUUUGGGGCAGCCACGUUGGGUGGAAGUCCUGGGCUUCUCUGAGUCUGGGCAGAAGGAAUAUCUCAACCAAUAUUUUACAAAGAAAAGAGAAGCAACUGCAGCUUUUAGCUUGAUUAAAUCAAACCCAGUGCUCUCAACACUGUGUGUGGUGCCCUGGGUGUCCUGGCUAGCCUGCACUUGCCUGAAGCAGCAGAUGGAGCAGGGGAGAAACCUCUCACUGACCUCACAGACCACCACAGCCCUCUGCCUGAAAUACCUUUCCCAGACUUUCUCAGGUUAUGCCCUAGGGACCCAGCUCAGAGCUCUCUGCUCGCUGGCUGCCGAAGGGAUCUGGAGAAGAAGGACCCUGUUCUGUGAAAGAGAUCUCUUGAAGAAAGGGUUAGCUUGCAAUGUCAUUGGCACUUUCCUGAAAACCAGAGUCCUUCAAAAGCAGCCCAGAUCUCUGAGCUACAGCUUCUCCCAGGUGUGUCUCCAGGAGUUCUUUGCAGCGAUAUCUUGCAUUUUGGGGAAUAAUGAGAAACAUGGUGAUAAAGAAAUCUACAGAACUGUGGAAACACUGAUAGAAGUGUAUGGAAAAGAAGACCUCUUUGAGGCACCCACUAUGCACUUCCUGUUCGGCCUGUCGAGUGAACAAGGGAUGAAUGAACUGGAGAAGAUCUUCGCCACCCGCUUGCCUCGGCACGCCCUAUGGGAAAUUCUGGAGAAAGCCAGGGCAUUGGCCCAGCACCAGCAUCUCUAUUCUCUGGGGUUGUUUCACUGUUUUUAUGAGAUUCAUAAUGAAAAGUUCCUGACACAGGUGAUGUACAAUCUCCAAAAAUUAAAGGUGUGUGGCCAGACAGAUAUGGCACACCCAGUGUUCCAGACAAAUGUGAAGCACCUGGUGGUCCAGACAGAUGUGGAGCUCAUGGUGGUCACUUUCUGCAUUAAGUUCUGCCACCAUGUGAAGAGGCUUCAGCUGGAUGGGGCUGGACAGCAGGGACCAACGCUGACGGCCCCAAGGAUGGUUCUGUCCAGGGUGAACCCUAUCACAGACACCAGUUGGAAGAUUCUUUUCUCCACUCUUCGCUUCACAGGAAGCCUGGAGGAGCUGGACUUAAGUGGAAAUCCAAUUAACUGUAUUGCAGUGCAGAAUCUUUGUAAGACCCUGAGAUACCCUGGAUGCCACCUAAAGACACUGUGGCUUGUCAACUGUGGCCUCACAUCCAGACACUGUGAGGACCUGGCCUCAGUGCUCAAGGCCAGAUCCAGCCUGACUGAGCUAGACCUGCAGCUGAAUGACCUGGGUGACCGUGGUGUGAGGCUGCUGUGUGAGGGGCUCAGGAAUCCUGCCUGCAACCUCAGAACCCUGAGACUGGACCAGGCCCCUCUCAGUGGGCAGGUGAUGAUGGAGCUCAGGGCCCUGGAGGCAGAGAAUCCACAGCUGCUCAUCUCCAGCACAUGGAAGCCACAUGUGAUGGAACCUACUAAGAACAUGAAUGAAGAAGAAAUGGGAGAUAGCCUGACCUCAUUCAAACAGCAGAGACUACAGUCAGGUAUGAACCAAUAGGAAAUGAAACACAACAAACCAAUGUAUACUGAAGAUGACUUCUGGGGCCCUACAGGGCCCGUCGCUACUGAGGUGGUUGACAGAGAGAGAAACCUUUACAGAGUUCAGUUUCCUGUGCCUGGUUUCUAUCACUGUCCCAACAUGGGACUCUGCUUUGUGGUGACAAGGGCAGUGACCAUCGAUAUUGGAUUCUGUGCCUGGAGCCAAUACCUGAAUGAAACUCCCUUGCAGCACAGGCACAUGGUGGCUGGGCCACUGUUUGACAUCAAGGCUGAGCAGGGAGCUGUGGCUGCUGUACAUCUCCCUCACUUUGUGGCUGUCCAAGAGGGACAGGUGGACAUCUCCUGGUUCCAUGUGGCUCACUUUCAAGAACAUGGAAUGAUCCUAGAAAUGCCAACUAGGGUGGAGCAGCACUACACAAUCUUGGAAAACCCAAGCUUCUCCCCAAUGGGAGUUCUAGUGAGAAUGAUUCCUGCUGUCAGGCACCUCAUCCCCAUCACUACCAUCACACUGAUCUACUAUCACCUCAAUCUCAAGGAGGUCACCCUUCAUCUGUACCUGAUCCCCAACGACUGCACCAUCCGGAAGGCCAUUGAUGAUGAAGAAAUGAAGUUUCAGUUUAUUCGAAUAAACAAGCCACCCCCAGUAGACUCUCUUUACAUCGGUUCCCGCUACACGGUGUCUGCAUCCAAGAAGCUGGAAAUCAUUCCAAAGGAACUGGAGCUGUGCUAUAGGAGCCCUGGGGAAUCCCAGCUCUUCUCUGAGAUACACCUUGGCCACAUGGGUUCAGGAAUCAAGCUGCAAAUCAGAGACAAGAAGCACACAAAUCUCAUAUGGGAAGCCUUGCUGAAACCAGGGGACCUCAGAUCUGCACCACUCAUGAUCCUUGCAGCCCACAAAGAUGCUCCUGCCUCACUACACUUCCUGGACCAGCAUCGGGAGCAGCUGGUGGCCAGAGUGACAUCCGUGGACCCUGUCUUGGACAAGCUGCAUAGUCGGGUGCUGAGUGAAGAGGAGUAUGAGGCAGUGCGGGCAGAAGCCACCAACCAAGACAAGAUGAGGAAGCUCUUCAGCCUCAGCCAGUCCUGGACCAGGACCUGCAAAGACCAAGUCUACCGAGCUCUGAAGGAGACCCAUCCUCACCUGAUCAUGGACCUCUAUGAGAAGUCAGGUGGUGUCUCGGUGGGAUCCUGACAUCUUGGUGGCUGAGGGGUGAGAACUCUCUCUUGAGUCCUGGCUCUGACUGACCUUCCUUUGACCCUCAAUUUCCCUAUCUAUAAACCAGUGUCUAAUGACAGAAGUUUCUGUCCCACCUGGUCUCACAACAAUUUAGUACCAAAUGAACACAUAAAUGCUUAUAUUAAUUAAAAACCUGUUUGGCCAAUGACUCAGGCUUCUUACUGGCCAACUUUCUUCAUUAUUAACCCAUUUCUAUUAAUCUAUGUAUCUCCAUGUAGUCUUGGCUUACUGGAAAAUCCCAGGCAUCCUACCUUCCCAGUAGCUACACGGUGUCUCCUUGAUUCUACCUCCUACCUUUCUCUAUCCCUGUUUUGAUCCCCACCUCAUCCCCUGCAAAAUCCUGCCUGUUCGUUGUAUGAAAGAGCUUUAUUCAUCAAUCAAUAAAAGAAACAUAUAUUUACAGCA